UGCUGUCAGAUAGAAGAAAUUUUGUUACGGUACACGAAGCACCGAGGAAUACUGCAUAACAUUUAGUUCUUCUCGAAUUAGAGGGGAGUGAUUAGUGUAUUUAGAAAAUUCUAAUUUAAAUGAGUCUUUCUAUGAAAGAUCUAUAGCAAAAUAACGUUUGUAUAUAGAAUACGUAUUCACAUUCAACCACGUAAUAGGUGCAUUGAGUUGUGAAAAUGAAAUCCUUUGUCGUGUGGGGGAGUAUUUUACUACAUGUAGCAUUAGUUCUAUUGGUGCAAGAAGUUUCUGCUGGUAGAGAUUUCUAUAAAAUUCUAGGCCUUCGAAAAACGGCUAGUAAAAACGAAAUUAAAAAGGCAUACAGGAAAUUAGCUAAAGAACUUCAUCCGGACAAAAAUCAAGACGACCCAGACGCGUCGCAAAAAUUCCAGGACUUGGGCGCGGCAUACGAAGUGUUAUCUGAUGAGGACAAACGCAAACUGUACGACCGGUGCGGCGAAGAGUGCGUCAAGAAGGAAGGUAUGAUGGACAACACUGAUCCAUUUGCACACUUCUUCGGUGAUUUUGGGUUCGGCUUUGGUGGCGGACAGGAACAGCGGGAAACGCCGCGUGGAGCUAACAUCGUGAUGGAUUUGUAUGUGACGCUCGAGGAGCUGUUCAAUGGGAAUUUUGUGGAAAUUACGCGCAACAAACCGGUAAUGAAACCGGCACAGGGCACACGGAAGUGUAACUGUCGUCAAGAAAUGGUUACCCGGAAUCUCGGCCCUGGGCGGUUUCAGAUGAUGCAACAAACUGUUUGUGAUGAGUGCCCCAACGUGAAACUUGUAAACGAAGAACGCACGAUUGAGAUAGAGAUUGAACAAGGAAUGGAAGACGGCCAGGAAACAAGAUUUUCCGGCGAGGGAGAACCUCAUAUUGAUGGUGAUCCGGGAGAUUUGAUUCUGAAAAUCCGAACAGUUCCUCAUCAAAGGUUUGAACGUCGUGGAGAUGAUUUGUACACCAACGUGACCAUUAGUUUACAGGAUGCUUUGAUUGGAUUCAAACUUUAUAUUGAUCAUUUGGAUGGUCACAAGGUUUCUGUUGAAAGAGAGAAAGUUACCUGGCCGGGAGCUAGAAUUCGGAAGACCGGCGAAGGUAUGCCCAAUUAUGAGAACAACAAUCUUCGAGGAACUUUGUAUAUUACAUUCGAUGUAGAGUUCCCAAAGACUCAGUUGAGUGACAGUGAGAAAGAAGAUAUAAAAAAUUUGUUAAGUCAACCAUCUGUAAACCGGGUAUACAAUGGUCUUCGAUUUUCAUAAAUAAAACCGACUGGGCAUUAGAAACUUCUGUGAACUCUUUUUUACUCGUAAGUUAAAAAAACUUGUAUCGAAAUUGCGUACUUGAUAGUUAAACUUUCACACAAUUUGCAACUAUUCAUAAUGCUUGCCGAAACGUGAGCUGAAAAAUCUAUAAGAGGCUUCUGCCCCGCGAAAUACUUUAAUUAAGCAUAGAUUUUUAAAGUAAAUUAUUGAGAAAAGCAUUUAUGUUACAAGUGAAAUGUAACCGGAGCUUUCUAGAAAAAAAAAAAAAUAGUUUCAGCAAUUGAGCGUUUGAUUGUGAUGAACAAUUUCUGUACAUACGUGUUGUAGAAUAAAAUAAUUCAAUGAAUGAAAAAAGAGCUAUCAAAGUGCACAAAAUUGUCAGAAUAUGUAAUUAUUUAACGAAUGUCACCGGCGGUUAGUGAGCGACUAGACCUGGAAUUAGUAAUCCAAUGACAAUUAAAUAUAAGUAAAAUAACUACACACCAAA